UAGUGACUUUAGCACGUAAAAGAAAAGAAUACAAAGAUAUUGUUCACAAGCUUAUUCUAGGGUUGGAUCAAACUAUAUGGAAAAAAUCCGCUCUUGCUGGAAAUGUUGAUUCAAAAGAAGCAUUUAAUCUGAAGGCUACUGAAAAAGGAUAUUCUCUUGCACGAUGUUUUUAUGCAAAUGGUUAUGAAAUAAUGAUCGAGUGA